CAAAUUUUUAACAUUCCAAUCCAACCAAAUAUAAUAAAUUCCAUGUAUUUUUGUCUGUAAACGCAAACGCUUAGUUCUUGACGAGAAAGAGUUUCGGAAAGACCUUUAGCCUCGCAGUUCAUUAAAAUCAAAGAAACGUUCACAUUGUGUGCAAAUAUGGCUUAUAUGGAUUCACUCCCUGACGAAGUCCUGGAGUUUAUUCUCUCCCUAAUACCACCCUACAACGAUCUCCACGAUUGUAUGAGGGUCAGCAAAAGGUGGAGAAGAUGUGUCCUCAAUGUGGUCAAGCAGAAGCAGAGAAAUCUGUAUAGGGCAAUUUGUGAGUUUGAUGUAAGGUGGGAACGUUUAACACCUGCUGAAAUGGCUCCAACAAUAUCUAAAAGAUAUUCACAUACAGCUGUCGUCCAUGAUAAUUCUAUGUUUGUUUUUGGAGGCUGUACUUGUGCAAUGACAACAUUCAACGAUCUCUGGCGCUUAGAUUUAUCCAAACGAAGAUGGAUCCGCCCCCUGGCUACUGGCACCUACCCCUCUCCGAAAGCUUGCAGCUCAAUGAUUCGCCACAAAGACAUGCUCAUCCUGUUCGGCGGCUGGGCCUACCCCCCUUCGUACCCAUUGUACCAGAGCUGGCAUUUAUUCAACGAACUCCACAUUUACGACAUCAAGGCAAACCGUUGGAACUCGGUCACAUCUUUGAAUACUCCUCCUCCCAUAGCCGGACAUUCGGCGUCUAUUAUAGGAGAUUGGAUGGUCGUGUUUGGCGGUCUGCAAAAGCCUUGCAAUGCUGUACAUUGUGAAAAGUCGAAUGAUGUCUGGAGGGUGAAUUUGACUACGUGGAAUUGGCAUAAACAGCAGAUUGAGAGUGGGCCGAAACCAAACGGAAGAUUCGGACAGACACAAGUGAUAAUAGACGAUGAAAAUUUACUGAUAUUGGGGGGCUCCGGGGGCCCGGCAAUCCAACAUUACGAUUGUUGGAUAUUAAAUAUGACGGGAGAUGUGUGGAAAUGGAAGAAAGUUGAGAUCUUAGGCAAAAAUAAUGAACCCAACAAUAUAUGGAGCAACCCAGGAUGUAAGAUUGGGGAUAAAAUAGUAGUUUUAAAUAGAAUAAAAGAGUCCGACAAAUGCCAUAUAGCCUACUACCCUAAGACUACGUGGAACUUGGACAGCGGUAGAACCGCUCCGGAAGAUAGUCGGUUGUCUAGGAUUGACUUGGCCAAUAGGGCCACCGAUAGGGACGAAAACGUUAAUGGACGGAGAGGAACGUUGAGGAAUCAGAAGAGGGAAGUCGAAGAUGGUGAAUAUAAUGUUGCGAGCUCUAGCAGCAAAUUAAGGAUACAAAGUCGGCCCACAACAUCGACUAUCAACUUGACUGCGUUCAACGGUCUAGACGCCCGACAGCAAUACGCAGAAAUGAUGCGAGAAAAACGCCUAGCCACUUUACUCAAAGUCGAAGAGAACAUGACGAAAGGUGCCUACAAAAGAGAGAAGAAGACUCAUUACCUAGGAGUGUACACGUUAGACAUUUCUAAAGUAUUAAACGACCCCCCCACAGCCACGUGGAUACCACCGAAGAACAUUAAAAACGGCCCCGAAGAGACGAUAUUGUAUACAUUGGUGGAAGGCAAGUCGGAGCUCAUUAUGUUCGGGGGUAUACAAAAGGAUGCCAAUUCCAUAGGAUUUUCCAAAAAUAUGAACAACCAGAUAUCAAACAGCUUGCAUUUCAUCACUGCACCUAGCUACGUUAUUUAAGAAUAUAUUCGGUACUUCCCCGGGUUUCAGUGCGCACAGUGUUGCCAGCUGUGCUGAUUUUGAGACUUUAUCGAUACUCCUAGUGUUCAGCGUUUACAGUUUUACCAAACGUUUAGGGUUGGGAAUUAAGGUGUAGUAUAUAAAGACGCUAAAGAUGCACAGUGAGUGAUAUAUGAGAAAGUUGCUCAAAAUAUAGAUACAAGCCAUAUUAUUUUUAAGGGAUGAGUGAAACAAGUGCAUGAAUCUUAAAGUUUGCAAACUUGUGCUAUUUUUCCACUCUUUGGUCCCGAGUCUUCCUGAAGAGCCUCUAUUUAUGUCCAGUACAUUCCCACAAUUUUUUUAUAUCGCCAAAACGCAUUAUUUAAGACCUUUCUCCUGUUCUUUUUUUUUAGUCCUUUCUCUCCUCUGUCUUGUAUCCUAGCUCCACCACUUACGUUCUCUAGUUCAUUUUGGUACAUUUUUAUUGACCUUUCUUUUUCAUCGUAUAAUUCAACCUCUUUCUCCUGUCCGGUUAGAAGAAGCAAUUACAAUUCGGCAUUUGAAAAACAGGUUCCAAGCUUUAUCAUCAUCCUUGUAUGAAUUACUUUUAAUAUUUUUAGUGUUUUCAAGGCGUCUUCCAAUGAUAAAGUAAACAAUUCUUGUUCUGUAACAUCCGUUUUCCUAGUUUUUUAUGUAUAUUGAAGUCCAAACUUUAUAGUCCAUAGUACAUCGUCCUUUUUGGAAAAUUAUUACAAAAGACAAAUGGUUUUAACUGUUUCUAGACGGAGAGGCAGCGCUGAAAAAUAUCUUUGAAUUUACUAAUUCUAAUUUUUUUGACAGUUCAUUACUGUGAUUGUGUAGAGAAACAUAUUGCGGUCGGUCAAGCGAAACGUAGAACAGGGGUUACUGAGAGGGUAUCAAAGUUGCUUUCCUACGAAGGUAAUUAAAUCCAUUUUACUAAGGCUGAAAAUCGGUACACACAUUCUAAAUUGAAUAUAAAUAAAAAUUAUUAUAGUCGGUCAGCUGUAUGACGGGACAGAGCCGGUCGGUCGGCCCCAAUGAAUGUACAGGGAUAUUCACUAUAUUUUGACCCCUUGUAAACUGCUUAAUUUACAGAAUUAGGAAAAAAUGUAAAAUACAAAAGCUGUUCGAUUUUUUAAUUAUGAUUUUUUGACAUAUAUAUCGUACUAGUGACGUCAUCCAUCUGGGCGUGAUGACGUAAUCGACUAUUUUUUAAAUGAGAAUAGGGGUCGUGUUCUAGCUCAUUUGAAAGGUUAUUCAAUUCUCUAUACAGUACUAUAAACAUUAAGAUCAUUAUUUAUACAGGGUGUAAAAAAAAAUUUGAAUUAUUAAUUGAACAAUUAAUUUAAUUUAAAAAAAUUUUUGGACAUCCUGUAUAAUUAAUCAUGUUAAUGUUUAUAUUACUGAAUAGGGAAUUAAAUAACCUUUCAAAUGAGUUAGCACUCGACCCCUAUUCCCAUUUAAAAAAAUAGUCGAUUACGUCAUCACGCCCAAAUGGAUGACGUCACUAGUACGAUAUACAGCGUGUCUACUUAAGUUGGAAACAUAUGGGAAACUUUUUUGUUACUCAUUUUACGAAAAAAACUUAUUCUUUAUAAAAAGUUCUGCAUGCUCUAAAACCUAAGAUUCAAUCAUCAGAUAUCAAAUUUUGUCAAUAUUAUACGAGGUAUGUCAAAAAAUAUGAACUUCGUUCAAGAGUAAAGUACCUUUAUUUCUCUCAAUAUCGAAAAUUCUUGUUAUGAAAAGUUGUUUGGAAAUAAAAACUAAGAUCAAAUAUGCAAUUACAUACUUCUAAUUGGAAAAAAAAUAUUUUCCAAAUUUUUCUCAAAUUUAUUGAUACUUAACUUCGUUUAUAUUUAUUACACAUACGAUAACUCUUUUAUUAUUACUUUUACGAAAGAAAGGUAUUCUUUAUAAAAAGCUCUGUAUGUCCUAAGACCGAAGAUGCAACUAUCAGAUAUCACAUUUUAUUAAUUUUAUACGAGAUAUGUCAAAAAAUAUGAAUUUCACUCAAGAGUAAAGUACCUUUAUUUUUCACAAUAUUGAAAAUGGUUAUUAAAAAAAGUUGUUUGGAAUUAAAAACUAUGUUUCAAUAUGCAAUUAUGUACAUUCUUCUAAUUGAAGUAUUGUGAAAUAUAAAGGUACUAUAAUCUUGAGCGAAUUUCAUAUUUUUUGACACACCUCGUAUAAAAUUAAUAAAAGUUGAUAUAUUAUGGUUGUGUCUUAGAUUCUAGACCAUGCAGAUCUUUUUAUGAAAAAUAACUUUUUUUCGUAAAAUGAAUAAUAAAAGAGUUAUCGUAUUUGUAAUAAUUAAAAAAGUUAGGUAUUCAUAAAUUUGAGAAAAAAAUUUUUUUUUCAAUUAGAAGCAUGUAAUUGCAUAUUUGAUCUUAGUUUUUAAUUCCAAACAACUUUUUAUCAUAAGAAUUUUCGAUAUUGAGAGAAAUAAAGGUACUUUACCCUUGACCGAAAUUCAUAUUUUUUGACAUACCUCGUAUAAUAUUGAGAAAAUUUGAUAUCUGAUGAUUGAAUCUUAGGUUUUGGGGCAUGCAGAACUUUUUAUAAAGAAUAACUUUUUUUCGUAAAAUUAAUAAUAAAAAAGUUUCCCAUAUGUUUCCAACUUAAGUAGAUACGCUGUAUAUGUCAAAAAAUCAUAAUUGAAAAAUCGAAUAACUUUUGUAUUUUACAUUUUUUUCUAAUUCUGUAAAUAAAACAGUUUACAAGGGGGUCAACAUAUGGUGAAUAACCCUGUACAUUCACUGGGGCCGACCGACCGACCGGCUCUGUCCCGUCAUACAGCUGACCGACUAUAAUAACUUAUUUAUAUUUAAUUUAGAAUGUAUGUAAUGAUUUUCAGCCUUAGUAAAUGGAUUCAAUUACCUUCGUAGAAAAGCAACUUUGAUACCCUCUCAGUAACCUCUGUUCUACACAGUAGAAGUGAAACCAAUCACAGUAAUCAACUGUGAAAAAUCUAGCUUUAGUAAAUUCAAACAGCGCUGCCUCUUGAACUAUUCGUUUGGGCGAGUCUACCACUUUCUGAAAAAUUUCAGAGUGCAGGUUGGACGCGUUUCCGCGUCCCGCGUUAUUAACAUAUUUACGUUGUCGGACUAACGAAGCGCGGCUGUAAAUUUGUCGGACAAGAGAUCGACAAUCUUUAUUAAUUAAAUAAGUACUUUAAAUUGAAAAAUUGAAAAUUAAGAGUUUUGUAAUAAAACUACCGCGCUAGAGUGACAUCUUACUGGCGUCGGACUCUACAGUUUUGUUAUUACAAAUAUCUUAAUUUUUAAUUUAAAGUACUUAUAUAUUUAAUUAAUAAAAAUUGUCGAUCUCUUGUCCGACAAAUUUACAGCCGCGUUUCGUUAGUCCGACAACGUAAAUCUGUUAAUGACGCGGGACGAGAAAAGGCGUCCAACCUGCACCCUGAAAUUUUUCAGGAAGUGGUAGACUCGCUCUAUCGAAGCGGUUAAAAGCAUUUUUAAGACUUGUGAUGAUUUUCCAAAAAGGACGAUGUAUUGUGGACUAUUAUUCCCUCGUCUAUUUCAGGCUUCUUUUGCUUCUGAAUUGGUAUUCUACUACAAUCUGUAUUUUCGACUGUUUUGUGACUUGUUUCUUGCAAUUUACACCUUUUUAUUUGCAAUUAUUAUCAAUACUAUUAUUAUUUAAAUACAAAUACCUGCACACUAAUAAAUACUGUAUUAUAUUGUAUAAUAUAUUAUUAUCUAUCCAAUUUCAAACUAUAUUUAAUAUUUUUGAAGAAUCAUACAAGAAUCUAGGAAUAUAUUGAGUGAUACUAAAGAUUUCAAACGUGUAUUAUUUGCAAUACAUAUUGUACCAUUCAAAAUUAUUUUAUAAGUGGCUGCCACUGGUGAUUUUAUAAGACUCUUACUGCAGUAUUAUUUAUUCUCCUUAUUAAUAGUCCCCUUCUUGUUUGCAAAUAUAUUAAUUUUUCCUUAGAAUUUUCGAAGAAAAUAUUCUUUGGCGAACUUUAUUAAUUAUUAUUACAAAGAAUAUCUUUCGUUUCAGAAUGUAUUACGGAAAUAUACAACUUGUUUUGUUUUUAAGUUCUCUUAAAUUUCUUGUUUUCUAUUUAUUACGCCUUGAAAGUACUUGUUACAUUCAUAAUGAACAACGAUCAAUAACAUAAUGUGAUUAGAUCACAGAAGUAAUAAUUUUUCAAAGACACGCUUUGAUACAGAAAAAUAACAAAAAUACUUUUACAAACCCUCAUUUUUUAAAAGGAUUUUCUAUACUUUUACAGAAAAAUUGUGUCACUUUUCUUUAUAAUUUGCCGGUCAUCACCUUUAAUAGUAGUAACUGCUAAAAUUUAAAAAUUAAAAAUGAAGAAUAUGGAUACGUGAGUAUUUCUAAUUGUGUAAGAAGCAAAACCAAAAAAAUUAUAUCUCAUUUAACAAAAAAGAUCAAAAUUUUGAGUUAUGUCACUUUUCUUUUUAAAAUAUUGGUUACUUUUUAAACGUUAACCAAAAGUACCAACUGUUUUCGUGAUAAAUAUACGUUCACAUCGAACGUCAGAGCAUAACUCAAAAAGUGUCAUCUUACGAAGUUAGAAGUAAACAUCUAUGUGACACUUUUCCUGGUAAAAGUAUGGAAUUUUUAGAGUCAAUUUAACAAGAUAACUGGAAUUGAGUUAUGCCACUUUAACCCGUAUCAAAGAGUGUCACGAAAAACGCUUUUAUUUUACUAAUUUCUCUGGUCUAUCAAUACAUACAUAUCUGGUUGUUCGAACGCUAAUCAAGAAGUUGAUUAUAAUCAAGUCCCUUUAAUAACCAUCAAAUAAAAAAAUCUGUUGUUCGUACGCCAACCAGUUGAUUGUAAUCAAUUAUGUUAAUUAUCAUUAUUAUAAUUAACAUAAUUGAUUGGUUAAUUAAUUAUUAAUUAACAUAACAAUUAUUAACAUAAUUGAUUAACUAAUCAAUUAAUCUCAUAAAUAUAAUCAAUUAUGUUUUCAGCAACCCAAUCAAAGUUGACAUUGACAGUUGGUGACAGUAAUUAAAUAUUUGAUAAUGAUCAGUUGAUUCCAGUUUUGAUUAGCGUUCGAACAAGCGGCCCAUAGGGCCGGUUGUUCGAACACUAAUCAACAAUGAUCACUAUCAAAUAUUUAAUUACUGUCACCAACUGUCAAUGUCAACUUUGAUUGGGUUGCUGAAAACAUAAUUGAUUAUAAUUAUGAGAUUAGUUAAUCAAUUAACAUAACAAUUAUUAACAUAAUUGAUUAACUAAUUUCAUAUUAGAUAGUUUGGGUUGCUGAAAACAUAAUUGAUUAUAAUUAUGAGAUUAGUUAAUCAAUUAACAUAACAAUUAUUAACAUAAUUGAUUAACUAAUUUCAUAAUUGUAAUCCAUAAUUAUGUUUUCAGCAACCCAAACAAAGUUGACAUUGACAGUUGGUGACAGUAAUUAAAUAUUUGAUAAUGAUCAUUUUUGAUUAACGUUCGAACAACCGGCCCUUAGUGUUUGAUAGGGUUCAAUUUAGUUUUACACAUAUGCAUAAAAGUUAUGCACGUUUUUUUAAGUGAUUGGAUAGAUAAAUAAUAUGCUGCCAUGUUUUUAGAGUGGAUAAUGUUAUCAUAUUCUAGUCUAUAUACUUACCAUGGCCAUAAUCUUCAUAUGUCGAAUUGUUCUGACAAUUACCACACUAUUUUAGCCUGCAAUUACCAUAUCGGCCAUUUCGUGACAUUUGCAAAUUUAGUACACCGCACACAUCUUAUGGAAAACAUAAUGGGUGGAAUGCAUAAAACGUAGUAGAUGCUAUUGCUUCAGCAAAUAGUGUCUAAUUUGUAGCAUUUUCUUUUACAUAAAAGUAAGUGCUGUGUUUAGAAGACCGUACUACACAACCGAAGUACCUGCUACGAACCUGAAGGAUCUACUACUAAACGUAGCGCCAGCCGUAGUGCCCUUAUGUGCAUCACACCAAUCGUAUUAGAACUAGUUUUUCAUGUGCUUUUGUGUUUUGUGAAUUCACAUUUUUACGUACCUAAUUAUUAUUAGAAUAAGUGAGUAGUGAGUAAAAAUGAGUGGUUCAGAUUCCGAAGCAACAAAAGGGUUAGGCGAGGAUAAAAAUGAACAAGUAUUUUUUGUUAAUCUUCUUGAAAACUAUCAAAUUUUAUUUGAUAAAAGAAUGAUCCCAAAAAUUAAAAACGAAAAAGAAGCUACAUUGAAUAAAUUAACUGCUGCCGUUAAUGAAAUAAUAAAAAAAAACCUAGAUUCAGAACCUAGAUUCAAAAAAACUGGUAACAAAAAAAUCGUACUAACUGACUGGCAAAGAAAAUUCUAUGAGUUAUGGAACAUAGGAGAAAAUCCAGUCUUGCACAGGGUACCAGGUGCUUGUCAGGCCGGUGUAACAGAGGAGAUUGGGGUUUCAUCACAAAAAAUAAUGAUAAAAACGUUCUCUUUAGCUCCAAUUCUGGUUGCCAAAAACUAACAGGGAGAGCUCCCAAAUAUCCUAGGUCGAAGGAGGAGUCGCUAAUUGAACUACAGAAGACCUGCUUACGAAAACAAAUUGAAGCAGCCGAGCUCAAAUUUCUUGUGCUCGAGCUCAACAGUCUUCGGCAGAAGCUCAGGAACGAGCUGCGAAUGUAUUGAUAAAGUUUGCUGAAGCUGGUGAGCAGUUAGUCAACCAUAUAGAAAUUUGCUUCUGAAUGAUAUAUUUGAAAUUAAAAAUCAUAUUAAAUUUUCUCUUCGUUUUCACCCCUGUAUCUUAUUUAAAUAAACAAUAUAGAAGUUUUUAGGGACUUUCGGCCCUCGGUAAUAAUGUAAUCUUUUAUUCUGCGUUUAAAAUUUUCAAAAACUCUUAUUAGUUUUCUCAGGAUUUAAAAAAAUGAACGCAUUUAAAAAUCAUUUGACCGAAAUUUUUCCGAAGUAUUAUACAUUUUUGUAAUCAGUAUUUCAGAAGCUUUUAAAUUGUGUGUCAUAUGAUGUACUUUCCCAUUUAAAAAAUCGAAGUUAUAACUGUCACCUGAAGAGGAAUUGCGUAAAGUUCGAAACAUUGAUGCUAUAAUAUACUAUGAUUAUUUUAAAAAUUGACCUCUCCGGGCGUUUUGAUUAUAUACUAAAAAUAAUUGAGUAAAUAUUUAUGGUGGUAACACUUAUUCCAGCGCACUGUAUGAAGAAAACUGCACGAUUCAUGAUAAUUACCUAAAUAUUUUACGACAAAUAUCGUCAUUGUAUCUUUCUCCUGGUAUGUAGAUUUUUCUACGACGAACAUUCAUAAAUGUUUAAAUAAUUUAACAAAAAACACCUACGCCGAAGUCGUUCAUCCACCAACUUCACCUAAACUGAAGCAAAUUCUACUAUACUAGCAAAUACUUCAAAAGCGUAGUACAUCCUUCUAUGUAUCUGGUAAAUAGUAGCAGAUGCUACGGAGGAAAGCAAAUGUUUUGUAAGUGUAGCAAAUUCUUCAAAAAUGUAGUACGUACUUGAAGCAUUAGCAGGUACUACGUUUUAUGCAUUCCACCCAUUGUCACCCAAAUAAAAUAAAAUUCACAUGAAUAGGUUCGUCUCGAAAUUACAAUAAUUUCAUAUCAUUGCGCCAACUCUGAAUUUUGAUUAAUAAAGGGGUAAAUUGAUAUAAAUAAGUCAAAAUCUAAAAGUUUUCAACCUAAUAAAAAUAUUGAAAAAUAUUAAAAAUAUUCCUAAAAGAUAUUUAAUUGAAAACUUAUUGGACCAUUUUCCUGGUAACACCUCCAUGGCUUCUAAAAAUUGCAAGCCAGAUGGAUGCUGAAGCGAAGAAGACAAGAGGGAAUUCAAAAAACUUACAAUUCACGACCCCGUCUGUUCAGCUGGUAAAUUCCAACGGAAAAUGGAUCUAGUUACUCAAAGAAGUAAAACCAAUAUAAAGUGAAAUAAAAAUGUAUACCAUUUUUUUAUUCAGUUGCAAUGCGAAGGCAAAGCUGUCUUAUUUUUCACUUAGAACAGAGAGCGCAAACCAGCACUAUAAAUCGACGAUUUUCGACUCUAUUUGGAGUCAUCAUCACAGAGGCGUAGGUUUGCUGCUCUCUGCCCCAAGUGACGAAUCUCCGAGAGCUUAUCCCCGCAUUGCAACUGACGUUUAUGGAGUAUUUGUCUAACAUCUGGUAACUGAAAGUCAAAGUUUUAAAGUUUUCAACCUAAUAGAAAUAUUGAAAAAUAUUAAAAAUAUUAUUAAAAGAUAUUUAAUUGAAAACUUAUUCGACCAUUUUCCUGGUAACACCUCCAUAGCUUCUAAAAAUUGUAAGCCAGAUGGAUGCUGAAGCAAAGAAGACAAGAGGCAAUUCAAAAAACUUACAAUUCACGACCCCGUCUGUUCAGCUGGUAAAUUCCAACGGAAAAUGGACCUAGUUACUCAAAGGAGUAAAACCAAUAUAAAAUGAAAUAAAAAUGUAUACCAUAUUUAUUCAGUUUAGAGAAAACUUUAAAAUUUUGACUUUCAGUUGCCAGAUGUCGUUAGACACCUACUCCAUAAACGUUAGUUGUAAUGCGGGGAUAAGCUCUCGGAGUUUCGUCACUUCGAGCAGAGAGCAGCAAACCUACGCCUCUCUGAUGACGACUCCAAUUAGUCGAAAAUCGUCGAUUAGUGCUGGUUUGCGCUCUCUGUUCUAAGUGAAAAAUAAGAUUGUUUUGAAUAAGAAGUUUUGCCUUCGCAUUGCAACUGAAUAAAAAUGGUAUACAUUUUUAUUCCAUGAUAUAAAUAAAUCUAAAAUCAAAUGAGAAUGUACGUGAAUCAACGAGAGAGAAAAGAUUUUAUAAAUAUUUCUUCGGAUAUUAAGGCAGAGGCUUAAUGUUAUCUUAUAGAUCAGGGGUUCCCAACCGGUGGUACGCGUACCACUGGUGGUACGCGGGAACAUUUCAGGUGGUACGCGUCGGGUGGAUGAAACAAGCGAUUACUCACAGUACGGUUUUAUAGUGAAGUUUGGCACAGAAAAUAAUGCCAAUUCUAUCCUCAAUGUGUUACUUAUUUCGAAACGCUUUCGAACCAAAGCCUUCUAUGCUGAUACGUCAUGAAUACACAAAACACUCUGAUUUGGUUUCCGAUCGAAUUUUUUAAAAGAAAAUCUACUUUUUUCAGAAAAAAAUAAAUGCAUGACUAGCUUUGUAAAUACUGAUACAAACUUAAUGAAGGCGUUCUACCUUGCUAUAAGUUUAUAGUUAAAAAAUGGCAAAGGAUGGAAAGCCUCACAUAAUAGCUGAGACUCUUUUACUACCGGCCGCUGUGGAAAUGACACAAACCGUUCAGAGUUUUUGUUUUGCAAAUCACUUUAAUCAAACACUACAGCGGAACUUAUUUUUAAUACAAUAAAUGAGUAUGAGCUCAAAAUACGCGUUGCUAGAUCAAAGUAGAUUGGUUUUUGUACAGAUGGAGCAUGUCAGGAGCGAUGUCACGAAAAUGGACAGGGCUAGCAGCAAACAUAAAGAAAGUUGCUCCUGAAUGCCGAAGUACACAUUGUGUCAUACACCGAGAAGAAUUAACUGCUAAAAGUAUGUCGGAAAAUAUGAUCUACGUUUUAUCACAUGCUGUGAAAGUUAUUUUCAUAAAGGCUGGUUCUGGUAAUUCAAGAUUAUUCUCCUUGAUGUGUGAAGAUAUGGGUGGUAAGUUCAAAACUCGUUUUUUGCAUACUGGGUCUUCAGGGAGUAAACACAACUCCCUUCACAGUCAAUGAGAAAAUAAACUCCUUUAAGAAAAAAAGUUGGUUCCUUUAUAUUCUGAAAUACAGGGGAAGACUGUCUCUGAUUUUCCUACGUUGUCAUCAUUCUUUGAAGAAAACGAAAUAUUUAUCUCCAAUAUGAUGUGGUUGCUUGGAUUUGAAAUAAUUUGUCACUUGGAAUCUCUUCAAGAAAGUUUUAAUAAAUAUUUCUCUGAAGAUUAUUCCAAACUUGACUGGAUCAGAAUAGAAAUUAAUUGGAAUUACAGAAAACAUUCAUCGAUUUAACAGAAGACAGUUCUAUGAAAGACAUGUUUUAAAGAGAAAUCCUUAAUUGACUUCUCUAUCGGGUGGAAAUCCGAGUAUGAAAUGCUCUCCCGACAAGCUAAGCUGUUUUUGAUGCCAUUUGUUAAGAGUUACUUGUGUGAAACUUGUUUUUCUGAACCAUUGUAUGUAAAAAAUAAAAAUAUAAAUAUAGAAAUCAACUUACAAAUGUUAAAGAGGACUUAAGAAUAAAAUUAUGUAAGUUCAAUUAUUCCUGCAAUUGACACUUUAAUCACAGGCAAACUGCAACAAGUUUGCCAUUAAUCGCGAUUUACAAUGACUAAUGUUGAUUUUUUUGGAUUUGACGUGUUUCUGAUACUAAGUAUGUUUCUAAAAAAAUUAGGAUCGGGGGGAGGGGUCCUUCCAUUCCACGCCCCUCCCUCCACCCGGGUUAUGUGGUACGCCAAAAUCUUCAAAAUAUUUCAGGUGGUACGCAGUUGCUAGAAGGUUGGGAACCCCUGUUAUAGAUAAUAAAGCAAGUAUAAUUUGGUCAGUCGUUCAAAAGUGUAGAGUUCCUCUAAUCGACUUAGCUCACGCUGGGAAGCUGUUUUCAAUAGCCACUAGACUGAGAGUAUUUAUGAAUGGCAGUUUUAUAAAUGAAAUUUCGAUAAACUUUAAUUACAAUUUACGCCGUUAUUAUCAAAAUUCAGAGUUGGCGGAAUGAUAUGAAAUGAUUGUAAUUUGUAUUGCAUUUGAGUGACAUUACAUUUACCAUAAGAUGUGUGCAACGUCCUUUAAUACUAUUCCAAGUUCAGUAUUAGCUGUCUUGGACAAUAUUUAUUAUUUUUAUUGCUUUUACGAAAGAGUUUCCUUAUAAAAGGAUUAUUAACUGUGCAUAAACCUAACUUUUCUGAAUGUCAACAUUCACAUGUGUUGGUCGACAUAUUUAAUUCAGUUUUGUAUUUUGUAACGAAAAACUCCAAGAAUUGUAUUAUCAUUUGAUUUUGGGCAAUAUUUAGUAAGGACUACCUUGUUUUAUAAAUAAAUGAUUUUUAUGUGCA